AUGGUGGUCCCAUCGGAUAGGAUCAACGAGUCGGAGCUGAGAGUCAUCCUCAAGGGGACAACAGACCUUGGCAACAGCUGGCGCAGAAAAGGCCAUCAGCCAUUCAUCGGUGGAGAAGAUCCCCGUCUAGCAUUGACCACUUUGUUGAGGGAAUGGAGUAAACAUGUAGAGCAAGAAUGGCGAACUAUCGACCAUCCAGAGGCAGUUAGAGCGUUCCAUGCCAGCGCCAUCUCGGGAGAUCUAUCAGAAGAGAUUAAACGAGCAGCCACCAGAGAGGCAGCAGUUGGCAAAGACACGAGGACUUACACCUACCACCGCGAACUCUGGUCAGCUACAAUCGCAUACUUGAACAAGUUCCACAGUAAGACGGUCCAUAUAACUGCUCUCAUACAGAAGGUUCUCGGUGAGAAACAAGGCCAGGCUGACAUAUUUACUUAUCUGGAUGGUAUUCGUCGAGCCCUACUGGAGUUGGCUUACGAGGGAAACGGUUCAGGUGCGCAGAUACAUGCCUUUCACAUCAAUGCGGCUGUCCGGAACAACUUGAACAGCCCAUAUAACGCAUGGUGGUAUGAAACUGUGGGAACGAUCCUGUCUUCAUCUCUGAAGAAAUGUGUCGACACCAUCUCCUAUGAGGACAUUCAAGAAGCCAUCAGAAGGGUCAAAGAGAAGGCUCUUUCGCUGGGCCAUCUCCGUCAACCGGGAACUGAUGCUCCAUCGCAGCCGACACGGUGGCCAGCGACGUUCCAGGUAGCGACAUCAACGUCCUCCUCUACCUCGGUAAAUGCGGUAGCACCGUCCCUAGCUGCCACAACAGUAGCUCUUAAGGAGCCACCGGUAACGAAGGAGAGUCCCUCAGAACAUCGUCCUCGCGUAAAGGCCACUUGUUUCCGUUGUUUCAGCAGCGAGCACCAGACUGUGGCCUGCGACGAAGAACGUCCUCACAAAGAGAAUCGUCGCUGUAGAUGUGGAAGCUUUCGGCAUCCCGUGUCGAGCUGCAAGCUUGAGAAGGCCGGUUCCCUGAGCUGUGAAAGGUGCGAGUCCAAGGAGCAUCGGUCUGGUAUGUGCCCCUACUCCCUAGUGGAUAUCAGGAAGGGCGAGCAUAAAAAAGGUCCUGGCAAUAAGGGCAACGCCACGAAUGUGGUAUUCAGCCCAGAUCUACCACUCGUUGCCCUCGAAGAUCCUUCCUCGUUGAGCAUGACAUUCCACGUCGGCCAGAUAGAGCACGACACCCUACAUUUUAACCGCUCCGGUCCGGUCUGCACGGAACUUGUCAUCGGUCAGAGUCCCCAUGCCAAAACGGUGAAAGCCGUACUGGAUUCGGGAGCAGGGUACAACUACGCUCAGCCAGCCAUCCUAGAGGCACUUGGGCCUUGUGUCCAGUGGCUCAAACCAGAAGGCGAGCAUGCUAUACAAGCGGUGGGGGUAUCAGGUGAGAUCAUGCCCACUAACAGAGUGGCGAUCGUCUCAGUCAGCUCCCCUAAGAGGCCACAUGACGUCCACAGACUUCGAUUUCUUUGCCCGGAGACCCUGCUUCCGACUAUUCUGCUUGGUGUUGAGGGCCUGAAGACUCUCCGCAUCGGCAUGACCUUCGACGCUUCUGGUGUACACGCGUAUAGCGGCGUUGACCCCGAGCAAGCACUGGUCCGUGAAGAGGAGACACGCCCCCAAGAACUCCCAAGAGCCGACACCGAUGACAUCAUCGCUUGUGUGUCCAGCAUAGAAUGCGACACACAACUUUGCAUCUUCGACACUGUCAACUUCCUGGGAGCCGUGGCUGACUCGACCUUCACAGAAUGUGGUCUUGAUGAUGACUAUAGCUUCGAGCUAUACGCUACUGCAGCCGGUAAUCUGCCGCUUCUCAGCAACAAGCUGGACCUCAAGGAGGCUCUCCCACUCGAACGAGCUCUUGACAAUCCACACUGUAGCUUCCGAGGCACAUACGCUGAUGAGCUACAAUUGGAUUCGGAUGGGUUGUUCAGCGUCUCGUGUACCAGAUUCCUCCACGACUUCAGCUGGUAUGAGGACAGUGAUCGCCUUACACCUACAGAUGGGAACCUGGCGUUCGCCAAGAGUCAUGCCUAUAAGCUCGCCAAGUCCCUGAAGCGCCGAGGUCUUCUAUCCGCUUACACCAACACCUUUGAAGAGUACUUAUCGCGCGGAUAUAUCCAACCGCUUGAAGCUCCUACAGCUCAAGCCUACUUCACUCCCCAUUUCCCGGUGAUCAAGGGCAAGAAAACUCCAGAUGGUGAGGUUGGGAGAUGCACAGCGGUGAGACCCGUCUUCGACUGGAGAGUCGGUAAUCAAGCGCAGAAGGCAGGCGUCAACAUAGAUCGUGGUACAUGGGAGUGUGUCGCUUAUAGUCGGCUUUACAAAUACUGUAUUUGGGCCGACCUAAAGGCCGCAUUUCUCAACUGCCGGGUUCCAGAGCGUACAAUGCUCACCAUGGCAUUUGUCUUAGCCAACAUUGAAGGCCAAGAAGACACCCCUACUUAUCGGUACUUCCAGUUUCUGGGUCCAGCAAUGGGCAUAUCUGGUUCUCCGGCUGUCCUGCAGCUCUCUGGCAGCAUCAUGAUUGCCGAAUCAAAUGAGAGAACGGCAGCACGACUAACCGGGAGAUUAGACGACCCUAAAGCCUAUCCCAUCAAGCUGGCUCUGGACGGAGCCUGCCUGGCAACACCUGAAGAACGACACGGUCUUCAUCCUAAGGAGCUCUCUCUCCAGAGACCGAGUGAGGCCGCCAGAACUCUGCGACGAGCCGUUCUUAAGGUCGAGGAUGCUAAUCUACGGUUACUCCGAGGAUCUUCGAGCUGGGUAGCAUCUUCUACGGCGACAACGGCAGAAGACGGUGAUUACUUGCUCAAGAACACUAUGGAGAAGCGCAUCGCCCUGUGUACCCACUCGUACUUAAAUCAUAGUGCCAGGGGCCGUUACAUGGAUGACUAUGUUGUGGCAGCGGAUUCCCAGCGUGAGGCCGAGACCAUGUACGACGAGGAUGGCCAGGUGACCAAGUCCAGAGGCCAGCACUUCUCGGAAAAGAAGACUAAGCGAAGUUGGGACCCUACAGUUGCCGAAGGCCUGGGUAUUAUAUGGACGGCCAAAGAUGAGUUCCUCCCUAGACCUGUUGACACGUCAUUGUAUGCUAGCGAGACGUUAACUGUACGAGGCCUCUUAUCCGCUGUCCACACCUGUUAUGACGUCCUGGGCCAUGCGUCGUGGAUACUUCUUAAGCUCAAGAAAAUUUUACGGUGCUGCUUUGUGGCAGGAUUGCAAAUGGACUCCAGAUUGUCACCUGGAGACCGCGAUCAAGCAUGCUCCUUACUCCAUCUCUACAACGAGACUGUCACCACGUGCAGUGUCCCGAGAUAUGUUGACGUAAGCGAGGCAGUAUUUCUCUAUACGGAUGCGGCUAUGUCGGGCUACGGAAUGGUGAUCGCGGGCACAGAUGUCGGCAACCCGUAUCUGUGUUCAGCUCGUCUUCCGCCUCUCCCCUCGAGCUCCUACUCCAUCGUCAGGAAGGAAUCCUCAGCCUUUUUAUGGGGACUGCAAGUAUUCUGCGCACAUAUGCAAUAUUUUCCCCAUUCGCUACAUCGGCACUAUUAUCUAUGCACCGACUCCACUAUUGUCAAGGCCAGAGUCGAGAAGGUUAUGCGAAUGGAGGAUGGUCAGGCGGCAAAGAAGCUCCCGAAGGGAUGGACUUCCUGGGAGUGGAAUAUCACCAAUCGUAUUGUGCGACUUAUCCGUCAAAUUGUAUGUGCUAUUGGCCCUAAUGGUGUUGGGCAUACCCAUCUCAUACACUGUCCGAGUUCCCACAACUUGGCAGACCCCUACUCGCGUGGUAUCGACCCUCACCUGCUUGAUCGUGGUGCUGCACAGCAGUGGGUUGAAAUGGUACGGUCCCAACACGAGGCUUCGAGGGAGGUCGACCAUGUCUGUUGCACGCUGAGCCACGCUGACCUCGGCACCGAGGCACAGCUAUUCGACAACCCUGGUCAAGACGCCGUUGUCUUUCUUGCAGCCAGCCCUGACGCUGACACUGAGAGUGACAUCUAUUCUUAUGUCGUGAGUCUUCAGCAGAAGGACGCAUUCACAGCAGUCUGUCGACGUAUCGUCACUGGGGACGACUCGAACUUUGACAAAGCUUUGCUUGAGUCCCUUGUCAAGGAUGUGCCUAAGGACGAACGUGCGAGGUUGAAGGCUACGUUCGAAGUCCAGUCAGAGGAUGGUCAGGCAGUGCUGCGGCUCAAGGUCGGUCACAUUGCCUCACAGUCAGAUGGAGCCCUAUAUAUCCCAUCCGAGGCCCGCAAUCGAGUACUGAGCAUGGUCCAUGUAUUCUUCUGUCAUAGACCAAGUAAAUACAUGUACCAUUACAUGCUCUCUCGCUACUAUUGGAAGAAUCUCUCCACGUAUGUGAGGUCGUUCUGCAAGAGUUGUCCGGCGUGUCAGAUGGCCAAGGGUACAGGGAGUUUCCCUGACACCGCUCCCAAGUUGUUAUCUCGCGACUUCGGUGCGAACAACUUUAUUGUUAUCGAUUGGCUGGGCCCAGUGAGUCAGAAGGAACAGGCUCCCUACCAAGGACAGGAUCCUCAACCCCGAUAUGCUCUUCACAUCUAUGACCCGUCGAGGCGUUUCAACUACUUUGGGCUAUCUCCUGACAAGAGUGCCUUGUCUGCUCGUCGCCUACUGCAAUCCUACUGCUGGACCUUCGGCUUCCCGCUAUUCGUCACGUGCGACGCCGAUCGGUCGUUUUGUAGCGCUGAGGUCAUGUCCUUCGCCCAUUCUGUGGGAUUGAAGGUUCUUCCUGGUAUAAGCUAUGCGCCGUUCCGUCAGGCAUACAUGGAACGCGUCCAUAAAGAAGUGUGGUCGAGCAUACGAGCUAUUCAACUUGAGGAGAAGCGCCGCAACCCCACGACGCCAACUACUCCGUGGUAUGAACUAUUGCCAGCGGUAGCCUUCGUCCUCAACCAGUCAGCAUGUGAAGAGUUCGGCUAUCAUUCUCCCAAUGACUUAACCUUCACCUACAAUCCACAGAUGCCUCCCAAAUGUUCUGGUCACCGUCCGAACCAGCAGCUUCAGAUCUUUGUCAACAAGCUCGAAAGUGAGAGUGGUGACUUUCCCUUGCAUUCGGCGACUACAUACCAAGCCCUUCUGAAAGAUCGACGAGAUGCCUUCCACGCCGCGAUGGACGAGUUUCAUCGGCACCUCGAUGCCACUCUCUACGAGAAUCAGUUGAAGGUUGUUGGCAAACACCGACGACGGCACCAGAGCACCCUUCUAAAAGCUGGUACACCACUCUGGAUUAAGGCCAGUACGGGCUUUUCCAAGUUGUCUCCCCGAUGGGUCGGUCCUGUACUUUACAAGGCUCCUACCAGCUCUGACCAGAUCGCCGAGAUCGAAAGUCUAUCUGGAAAGCCUAUGGGCAAGGUACAUCUCUCCCGUGUGAAACUUGCACAUCUCUCGGUGGAGCUUCUCGAGGACUUCAAGAAGUUGGAGGUUAAGAGCAGCCCAGCUAGUGGCAAUUCUGGCCCGGAGGACCACUCGGUGGUAAACCCUCCACAGCUGUCACCACCACGACACUUCCUCGGUGAGAACGAGACCACUCAUCUGCCGGAAAUCCAGAGAUCGGUCGUUCCCCUUCAUCUAUCUACUGGGCUGUGGAUUGCCUGUGACACGUGUAGCAUCUGGUGCGAAGUUCCGGAACAUAUAUAUGAUGAGUUCAGGGACGCUUCCUUUCAGUGUCGUGACAUAGGGUGCACUUGUCUAUUUCCCGAUCGAUCAUAA